CCAUCUGAAACCAUACUUACUGAAAAAAAUAAAACACACCAUGGAUUCUCAACAGGAGCAGCUGCACCAGCCAUUACAAAACUCCAUGCAUGGCCACCGGCAGCCACCGCAGACACCCGAGCUGUCUUCUUCAGAAUCCAGUGAUGCUGGCAGUGUCUAUGAUGUGGACUCUAAGCUUGAAAAAGUCUUGUUAGACAACGAGCUCCCAUAUUUCAAGCGUCUCCGACUGGCUUCAUGGAUCGAGCUCCGGCUGCUCUUCCACCUUGCCGGACCGGCGGUUUUCGUUUACUUGAUCAACAAUUUCAUGUCUUUAUCCACUCGUAUCUAUUGUGGUCACUUAGGCAACCUUGAGCUUGCGGCAGCUUCUCUUGGUAACAGUGGCAUACAGCUCCUCGCUUAUGGCCUCAUGCUAGGUAUGGGGAGUGCUGUAGAGACACUAUGUGGGCAAGCAUACGGUGCUCACAGGUACUCCAUGUUAGGGGUUUAUCUUCAAAGAUCAACCAUUGUACUUACCCUAACGGGGAUCCCAUUAGUGUUAGUCUAUGUGUUUUCAAAACCAAUCAUGAUCGUACUAGGCGAAUCCACGGCGGUGGCAUCGGGGACAGCGGUUUUCGUUUACGGUUUAAUCCCACAAAUAUUUGCUUAUGCCUUCAACUUUCCCAUACAAAAAUUCCUUCAAUCUCAAAGCAUAGUGAACCCAAGUGCUUAUAUCUCAGCUACUACACUCGUGGUGCACCUUGUUUUGAGUUGGUUAGCUGUGUAUAAGCUCGGUUUGGGGUUAAUAGGUGCAUCAAUGGUGUUAAGCUUAUCAUGGUGGAUCAUUGUGGUGGCUCAAAUAGUGUAUAUAUUGAGAAGUGAAAAGUGUAAGCUAACAUGGGAUGGUUUGAGCUUACAAGCCUUUUAUGGGUUAUGGGAUUUUUUCAAAUUUUCAGUUGGUUCAGCUGUGAUGUUGUGUUUGGAGAUUUGGUACUUGCAGAUAUUGGUUUUGGUUGCUGGUUUGUUGGAGAACCCUGAGGUUACAUUGGAUUCUCUUUCUGUAUGCAUGGGUAUAUCCAGCUUGUUGAUGAUGGUUUCGAUUGGGUUCAAUGCAGCUGCAAGUGUUAGGGUGAGCAAUGAGCUUGGAGCUGGGAACCCCAAAUCGGCAGCAUUUACAGUUAAAAUUGUCACUUUGGUUUCGUUAACCAUUGCUGUAGCGGAAGCUGUCGUUGUUUUAGCUUUACGCCAUGUAAUAAGCUAUGUAUUUACGGAAGGUGAGACUGUGGCUGAGGCAGUGUCGGAACUAUGCCCAUUCUUGGCCGUCACUCUUAUUCUUAAUGGGGUUCAACCUGUCUUGUCUGGGGUGGCUGUUGGGUGUGGAUGGCAAACAUUUGUAGCGUAUGUAAAUGUGGGAUGCUACUACGUUGUAGGGAUCCCACUGGGCUGUCUUUUAGGCUUUAUAUACCACCUUGGUGCAAAGGGAAUAUGGUCUGGGAUGAUUGGAGGAACAUUAAUGCAAACCCUCAUUCUAUUGUGGGUGACAUUUAGAACAGAUUGGAACAAAGAGGUGGAGACAGCAAAGAAGCGGUUAGACAAAUGGGAAGACAAGAGGGAGACUCUUCUCAAGAACUAAUUAUUGAAGGGAUUAUUAAGCUUUUGCCUGCAUAUGCAUCAAAACAAUGAAGAAAUUAAGGAAUCGAUUGACCCACCACAAUAAGCUAAAAUGCUAAUGCAAUUGCAUUUUGCUGCAUUAGCAUUUUUCUCAUACUACUAUCAAAUGGUUUGCUUACUCGUAAGAUGUUCAAAUGGCUACAUAAGCCUUGAAAUAUGGUUGUCGCUUGAACUCACAGCUGAGAGUGUAGAACCCUAGAGUUUGAUUGAUUACAUAAAGUAUAAAAUAAGCUUCCCAA